UGUGUGUGUGUGUGUUUGUGUGUGUGUGUGAGCGUAUUAAUAUCUGACAUCAAUAUUUAAUUGUUGCUUUGACUGAGAGUGAACGUUGAGGUUAAACCGUCUUGAUCUGAGAGCCGUUUCUGCUCGACUGUGAUGUUUGGCACAUGCUUUUCUCAGAAAGGGAGCGAGAGAGACAGAGAGAGAGAGAGAGAGGGAGAGAAGGAGAGAGAGAGAGAGGGGGGAAGGAGGAGCGUUCAGACCUCCACAGCCAGACACAACCAUCAACCCUUACGACACCCAGAAAAUCACAGAUUUACUCUAAAUUAUACACACGUCUGGAAGCAAACAGACACGUAUGAGACCGCAGACUCUGAAAUGAUUCUGGCUUGGGUUUUCUGCAUCUUUGUGGAUUUUGUGGUCAUCUUCUCUGAGCCUCAGAGUGUCUUCACCGGCACUUGAUCUGUGAAGAGCUCUCUGCUCCAUCUUCAGCUGCCUGAGACGUGAACCCCAGAAGACUCUUAAUGAAUCAGUAUUCGCCGCUCGAUGCCAUGGCGUUCAACCGGCGGAUUUUAUAGUUCUCUCUGAAGGACGGAUCUUCAGGUCUUGUCGAGCAUCGUGGGAGAGUUACAGAGGAAACCUCACGCUGCCGAAGAUCCCGGAGUCUAACAUGGCUCUGAGCGUGUUAGGUGUGUUUCUGGGAUUGCUUCUGGAAGUUUCCACACAUGGACCCUCCAGCGUUCCCAGAAGCUCAUGGAAGCACGACGAUGUGGAUCUGCUGGAGUUCUGGGAGCCGGAUGUGUUUAACUACACGACUCUCCUGCUGAGCGAGGAGCGCGGCGUGCUGUAUGUCGGCGCUCGAGAGGCCGUCUACGAGCUCAACAUGAGCAACGUGUCGGUCAAGAGCAACCAGCUUCCGUGGAAAGUUCCCGAGAGAGAGAAGGCGAUGUGUAUUUUAAAGGGGAAGUCUAAAGAGACGGACUGUCGAAACUACAUUCGAGUUUUGCAAGUGCUGGAUGAAGACACGCUGUAUGUGUGCGGGACUCACGCGUUUCAACCCCUCUGUGAUUAUCUGUCCCUGCAGGGCUUCAGUUUGCAGGAUCGAGGAGAGGACGGUCGGGGGAAAUGUUCCUUCGACCCGGCUCAGAGCUUCACCAGCGUGAUGGUCGACGGCGAGUUGUACUCGGGAACGGCGUAUAACUUCCUGGGCAGCGAGCCGAUCAUCUCCAGAUCUUCUCCGUCUCAGAGUCUGCUGCGCACGGAGUAUUCAACGUCCUGGCUCAACGAGCCCAGUUUCGUCUUCGCCGAUGUGAUCCGAGAAGGACAGGACAGUCCGGACGGAGACGAUGAUAAGAUCUACUACUUCUUCACCGAGGUGUCGGUGGAGUACGAGUUCUUCGGGAAGCUGCUGAUUCCCAGAAUCGCACGCGUUUGUAAGGGCGAUCUGGGCGGUCAGCGCACGCUGCAGAAGAAGUGGACGUCCUUUCUGAAGGCCAAACUGGUCUGCUCCAUGCCAGAGCUCAACUUUGUCUUCAAUGUGGUUCACGACGUGUUUAUUCUGAAAGCAGCGCACUGGAGAGACACCAUCAUCUACGGGGUCUUCACAUCUCAGUGGGGGAAUGUCGGUCUGUCCGCCGUCUGUGCGUAUAACAUGAGCUCAGUGCACGAGGUUUUCUCCAAAGGGAAGUUCAUGCAGAAGGCCACGGUGGAACAGUCCCACACCAAGUGGGUUCGGUUUAACGGCAUCCCCCCGAGUCCCAGACCAGGAGCGUGCAUCAGCCGUCUGAACCGCAGACAGAACAUCAGCUCGUCGCUCCAGCUGCCCGACAAGACGCUUCAGUUCGUGAAGGACCAUCCUCUGCUGGAGGACCCGGUUCUGCCCAUCGGGAACGGCCCGCGCCUCAUCACCAAAGACGUCAACUACACACAGAUCGCCGUCGAGAGAGUUCAGGCGCUCGAUGGAAACAUCUAUGACGUCAUUUUCACCGGCACCGACAAAGGUUUUCUUCAUAAAUCUCUGCUGUUGGACGGCGAGGUUCACACGGUGGAGGAAAUCCAGCUGCUGAAGAACGCGGAGCCGAUUAAAACCCUCCUGCUCUCCUCACGAGGGAGCCGGUUCCUGUACGCUGGAUCGGACUCAGGAGUGGUUCAGUCUCCCACAGCGUUCUGUGAGAAGAACCCGUCCUGUGUGGACUGUGUUCUGGCGCGGGACCCUUACUGCGCCUGGGACCCGCGCUCGGCCGCCUGCGUUAAUAUUUUCCAGCAGGAUGCCGACCGACGGAAGUUGUUUCAGAGUCUCAAAGGGGAUGCUGGGAUAUGUCCUACAGCGGCUCGUCUGGCGGUGAGCGAGUAUCGGCAGGUGUUGGUGAAGCCGGGUGCUUCUGUCGAUCUGUCGUGUCCGGUGCGCUCAAACCUGGCUCAGGUGUUGUGGAAGCUGGACGGCCGUGUCCUGACCGAAGCCUCACGCUUCCUCCUGCUGGAGGAGAACGGGCUGCUGAUCUACAGCGUGACGCCGGAGGACGCCGGCCGCUACGAGUGCUGGUCCAUCGAAUCAUCCGCGGGAAAGAACUUCACCCGUCUGGUGAUGGGAUACACGCUUCGACUGGAGCUUCCCGAGAACGUGCCGUCCGUAUCCGCGUCUACGAUCACACCGGAGGAAGGUAAUGAUGGAGACGGCUCUGGACUAACGCCGGCUCACACGGACGCUCCCUCACUAACAACCCCUCCCAGCGUCGCCUUUAAACCCAGAUCCUACAUCCCUCCGGAGGUCAGCAACGUACCGACGCGCACCGAGACGCUCGACCCCUCGGCGAAACAGAUUCAGGAUGACAUCAGCGUCGCUCUGCUGUUGCUCUUCCUGCUUUUCUUCCUGCUCUUCCUCGCCGCUUUGGCGUACAACUGUUACAAGGGGUACCUUCCAGAGCCAUGUCUCCGUGUGCGGUCCGCGCUGCUCGGCUCCGACAAAACGCCGCCGCAGUCCAAGUACGCAACAUGUGAGGCUGGGCUCACGGAAAAGACGGAUCGGAACGGAGCGCAUCCGCUGCGUCCUCUCAGAGACACCGGAUACGAGACGGAGCCGGAAACAGGGAACGGUGGAGUCCCGUCCAGCAGCUUCGAGGACACCAGUGAUAGUCCCAUGUUCGACGUGCAGUCCGCGUCGCAGUCGAUCGAAUACGCAGACGGCGACGCGACGGACUGACGCGUUCACAGAACCAGCGCAGCUCUGCAGGAACAAACGCAGAAUUCCAAAUCAGAUUCCAAAUUGGAAACAUUGUUUACCAGAUUGGUAGGUUUCGUGAUGUUGUCCAAGUUGGAGCAGCGGACUGUAUUUGAGUAUUUUUGUGGCGUUUAAUGUUCACUCUCAGAUCACGCUGCAGAAGCUGAUUUCUGACUUUGUUUUCAGUGCAAAUAUCUGCACGCCGUGAUAUCAAGACACUCUUACUUGAUUAGGAAAACGAGUUUAGAUAUUAAGCAUGCUUCUAAAAAUGCAAAAAAAAAAAAAAAGGUUAAGACUAGGUGAGGCUUUGCUUAAAACGAAAAAAUACUGUCUUUUAUGCAAAAUAUAAUUUACAGGUUUUUUUUGUUUUUUUUUUGGUGAAACCCCAAAAUUUGAAGACAUUUUAACAUAUAUAUAUAUAUAUAAAUGGUACCUUUUAUUAUUUUUAUUUGUUAAUAAUUUUUUCAUUUUUACUAUUUCAUAACAGUGAUUUUGAUUAUUAUUUUUUUUAUAUAUAUAAAAUAAAUAAUAAUAAAAAUUGUCAGGUACAUUUUGAUGACUGUAUUACAUAUAAAUUAGAAGACAAAAACAAAGCAAACUGUAAUUUCUAGUAUUUUUAAACUUGGGAUGAAAUGCAAAAAAAAUACAACAACAACAAAAAACUAACAAUUGUUGCAUAAAAAGGCACAUUUUUGGACCAUUCUAUAGUUCUAUAGUUUUUUUUUUUUAACUUAUUUUUUUUCUUUCUUUCUGUUCCUUUCCUUCUUUUCUUUGCAUUUGCAUUUUGACAUUCCAUGACUUUGUUUCAAAAAUAAUCAUUCUAAUGUCAUAUAAUAUGUAUCAUUAAACACAUAAACUUAAUUCAAAGCAGCGGAAAGAUGAUAGUUUUUCUGACCGCACUGACAGAUCUUUUGACACUUUAAGCAUAAACUCUCUUCACUUUGAGAUUUGUUUUUCAGGAAGACAGACUUUCCUUCUCAGGUAAAUGUGUCUUGGUUUAGGAGUGUGGAGAUAUUGGCAGGUUUUCUGCUCGGUCUGCGUGUGAUGUUGAAUCUCAGGGAUGUUUGAUGUGAUGAGGAAGAGCCACUGUUUCUCCAGCUGCCGAUAGAAACCAGACCAAAAAUGUCUGAACACUGAUGCGUCUCUUGCACAGCUUCCUGUUGUUGUUUCUGCAGAUGUCUAACACUUUAACCUGCUUUUAUUUGAGAGAACGAGAGCGAAACAAGAUUUUUACACAGUCAAAUAAAUAAAUCUGAGACUUGUCCACUGGUGUCCACAGACGUGAGCUUUGAACACUUUUUUUUUUUUCUUAAAGAAGGUUUAUGUUUUAGAUAUUUUUAAAGCUAUUAUAUUAUUUAAUUACAAUUCUGCAAUAAUAGCGUGAAUGUCACAAAAAAAAAAAAAAUAAUAAUCCCCAAAAUCUAAAGAAAAUCUUUUUAUGACAUUAUUUCAUGGCUUAUUUAAUAAAAAUAAAACAAAUACAUAAAAAAAUUAAA